AUGCAUAUCCCUACUUUCGGACAGGUUGCCACCAUUGGAAUGGCUUUCUUCACCGCCGCUGCCUUGGCUGCUCCCAUCGCUGAGCCCCUCAAUACCGACCUCGUUGAUCGAUUCACCGAUCUGACUGCUCGUGGCGAGGGACUUGCUUUCACCGGUGCCGUCAGCGCUCUUGAGCAGCGCAACAGCAAGAAGUGCAAGCGUACCAACAACAAGGGCUACUGCACCGAUUCCGAUGAUGAUAAGAAGGACAAGAAGAAGAAGCAGUGCAAGCGCAACAAGAAGGGCGAUUGUUCUGACUCUGAUGAUGACAAGAAGGAUAAGAAGAAGAAGCAGUGCAAGCGCAAUAAGAAGGGUGACUGCUCCAACGAUGAGGACGAGAAGAAGAAGGGCAACCAGAAGGAUGACAAGAAGAAGAACGACGACAAUAAGUACGAUGACAAGAAGAACGACAACAAGAACGACGAUAAAUUCGAUGAUAAGAAGAAUGAUGACCAGAAGAACGAUGACAACAAGAACGGCAAGGAUAACAAGGGCGGCUACUACUAA